GGCUCACUCACAGCCACCAUGAGCGAGGCCUUUGACUGUGCAAAAUGCAGUGAGUCCCUGUAUGGGCGCAAAUACAUCCAGACGGACGACGGUCCCUACUGUGUGCCCUGCUAUGACAACACCUUCGCCAACACGUGCGCCGAGUGCCAGCAGCUCAUCGGGCAUGACUCGAGGGAGCUGUUCUACGAAGACCGCCACUUCCACGAGGGCUGCUUCCGCUGCUGCCGCUGCCAGCGCUCCCUAGCUGAUGAGCCCUUCACUUGCCAGGACAGCGAGCUGCUCUGUAACGACUGCUACUGCAGUGCCUUCUCUUCCCAGUGCUCUGCCUGCGGGGAGACCGUCAUGCCUGGGUCCCGGAAGCUGGAGUACGGAGGCCAGACGUGGCACGAGCACUGCUUCCUGUGCAGCGGCUGUGAGCAGCCGCUGGGUUCCCGUUCCUUUGUGCCUGACAAGGGUGCCCACUACUGCGUCCCCUGCUAUGAGAACAAGUUCGCUCCUCGCUGUGCCCGCUGCAGCAAGACGCUGACACAGGGUGGCGUGACAUACCGUGACCAGCCCUGGCAUCGAGAAUGCCUGGUCUGCACCGGGUGCCAGACGCCCCUGGCAGGGCAGCAGUUCACCUCCCGCGAUGACGAUCCCUACUGUGUGGACUGUUUUGGAGAACUCUUUGCACCCAAGUGCAGCAGCUGCAAGCGCCCCAUCACAGGACUCGGCGGAGGCAAGUAUGUGUCCUUCGAAGACCGCCAUUGGCACCACAGCUGCUUCUCCUGUGCCCGCUGCUCCACCUCUCUGGUCGGUCAAGGCUUUGUGCCAGAUGGAGACCAAGUGCUGUGCCAGGGCUGCAGCCAGGCAGGGCCCUGAGCCAGGGCUCCAGGGCCCAGGCCCUCCCAAACCAGGGCUCCAGGACUAAGGCUCCUUUUACAAACCACCUCUGGGACCCAGCCCCUCCCCAAAUUGGGGCUCCCUCUGGGCUCCAGGAUUCAGCUUCCCCACUCCAGCAUCCCCAGUCUGGUACUCCCUGACCCAGGGCCCCCAAACCUGGGCUCUUAUGGGGCCUCCAUCAUUCAAAUCUCCUCCCCAAGCCUGGACUCCAGAACUCCAUCCUCGCCUCUAUGGUCUGGGUUCCCAGACUGAGUCCUCUCCCCAAAUCAGGGCUCUGGGGCACAAGCCCCCUUCAAUCUGGACUUCUCUCCAAAGAUUUUAGGUCUCCUGUGGGUACCUGAGAAGUCCUCCACAGUAGACUAAACUCGGGCUUGACUCUCCCCACCCCUGUCCCACCAAUGUCCCGAGGGAUGGGGCUGUCAGGGCAGCAGAUCCAGUGUUCACUGGUUAGAGGGUCCUAGGGUACAGGGUUUUGCCCAGCCCAUGUUGUAGAGUGUUUUCUCAUUUCAUUUCAUUUCAGCUCAGUUUUGCCCAGAGAUGGGCAGAGGGGUGGGGUUGGCUUACCCCACCUUCAGAGUCUGCAAUAAAGCAGUAUGAGGAAG